AUGUCUGAUAGGCAACAAGAGUUGACCCAUAGGGGAGGAAUGGGUCGCCCCCUGACGCCCGGCACUCGGGCUCCAUUAAGGCGUGGAUUAUCACAAGAGGUUAAUCUAAUGGACUUAUCUAUGGAUGAACUCUCACAACUAUAUCCGGUAACCCCAGUGGACAAUACGGGAGUCAUAGCAUUCACACCACUUACUGCGCCCGAUGUGGACAAACCAAUGGAGGCGUCGACUCAAGUAAAUCCCAUUAGUUCUCAACCCGAAUACCACAUAACACCGGCUCCGAUGCGACCCAACAGAGACCCGACAAGUUUGGCGACGGGUGGCGCCCCUUACGGAAGCCCUAUACCCAGCACUUCACCCAAAUAUCGUCUCAAAAAGGCGUUCAAGUUAUUACCCGUAGGCCUAGAGCCUGAAGGCAAGAUUGGCAGCACAUCCGCCGAAGUCUAUUUGCCCAGUCGUGAAGAGAUGGGCGCUCCGGGAGGGUCUUCCUUAGGGCACAACGAAGUGCGGGACAAAACCCUUAGAGAUUUACAAACGCUGAGAGGGAAGGGCUUUGAUAUACAACUCGAUAAAAAUGGUGUAUUGGGAGAAGGUGGCUACGGCACCGUUUACAAAGGUGUUUACACUGAGCAUAUUGGCGAACUGAGCGGCCGUUCCGGCACUCGCAUAGGACAAGUAAAGCCCGGCCAGCGAUUUGCCGCCAAAUACGUGCAGUUUGUGUCGACAACUGUCCCAAUGUUUCGUCUCUAUCACGAGACAGAGAGACAGCUAUUGAAAGCACUCAAACAUCAAAAUAUUGUAACGUUUAAAAUGGCCAUCAAUUUGGGUAAAAAACGGUAUUUGAUUAACAAUAUUGACCGAAAUGUGCGGCCAAUCGUCUCGUAUGACCGCAUGUUUUUGGUGAUGGAGUGCGCGGAGUGUAGUCUUUACAAGUUUGGCACAGAUCGCAGACUCACCGAUCGGUUGGCCAUCAAAUUUGCACAGGAUUUGUGCUCAGGCCUAAUCUACAUGCAUGACAACGGUGUGAUUCACCAGGAUAUACACGCGGGCAACGCUCUGGUGUUUUGCGUUGGCCUUAAAGCCGAUGAUUUUGUGGCCAAAUGGACAGACUUCGGGACCGGUGUAUCGGUUGAUCUCUUUAAACGCUGGGCCGUUACUAUUGGUCGAAAUGAGUUCAAUCACAUCAAAGUGGAUGAUAUCAAUUGUAUGGUCGGUGUCAUCAAAUUCAUGGUCUCGUCGGCCAAAGAUGCCGGACAUAGUGUCCCACAUGUGUUGACACAAUUGGCCGAAGAUAUCGCCCGAUCGGGAAAAUCAUUGGCCGAAUGUCUUAAAGAUUUUCAGAAACAUUUUUAA